UUCUGUGACAGAUGCUGAAUAUUUCACUGAAAUCAUUUAAUUGAACUGGUCAUGUGGCUCCAGGUACUUGGAGAUCAGCGCAGCAGAUUCAAGAUGAGGAACUCCUGCAUCUUUUUCUUCCUGCUACUCGCCUCCCGCCUUGCCUGUGUGCAGCUGUCGGGCCUGAGACAGAGGACGUUUUCUUACUACUAUAACAUGAAGACAUGGAGAGAAGCCCAGUCUUUCUGCAGGGAGAAACACGAAGAUCUGCUCACAAUCAGAAAUGAAACGGAAAUCUGGCCGUUCUACUGGUACCAAGGCUGGCUUGGACUGUACCAAGAGAAUGACACCAGUCCAUGGAAACGGUCCAUGCAAGUCAAAAUGACAACCUUCUUCAACUGGGACUUCAACGACUCAGACCAACACUGCCUUUAUAAGGAGUCGUUCACCAGAGAGUGGAGGAAUGAUGAGUGUGAUCAGAGACAUACGUUCAUGUGCUAUGACGAGUCACUGACUCUGGUGAAGGAGAAUAAGACGUGGGACGAGGCGUUGGCGCACUGCAGGACCCUGAACAAAGUCAACAGCUACGACCUGGCAACCCUCAUCACCCCCGACGACCACGACUUUGCACGAGAGAAAGCCCAGCUGGCAACCACUGAGGAGGUGUGGACGGGCCUGCGAUACCUUGGCGAUGAGUGGUUCUGGGUGGGUGGAGAACCGGUGCAGUACCAGGACAUUCCAAGCUGUCCGGCUGAAAGAUGUGGAGUCCUGGAGAAGAACAGCAACUCAUCCUUUGGGAUCAGAGACUGCAGUGAGAGGAGGAACUUCUUCUGUUACAUAAAACCUAAAACAUACAGUACAGACCAAACGUUUGGUCUAUACUUUACAUACAAUUAAUAAGGCUGAAUUCUUCACCUCAUUAAUCCUGUUGUUAAAUAUAAUCAUGAGCUUUCACAAACUCUAUAGGUUAAGUCUAUUCAAACAUAGCUGAAGAUUAGCUUAAGCUAUUCCGAAUCAUUUUUGACCCAUUUGCUGAUUUAUUGUUUUCUUUUCUUUUGUCAAAUCUGCAGCUGGAUGUAAACAACACAAUUCACUUAAAUGACUUUAGAGCUGCAGUAAGUAACCUGUAGAAAAUAUUUGCUUUUUACAUAUUUGUUCAGUCACUUUGUCAUGACAGUGCAAUAUGCAACAGAUAAUGUGUGAAAAAAAAAUAUGUGGAGCUCCUCUGCUUCCUUACUGCCAUGUGCAGAAAUACACAGUAACUUCCAGUCUGAGCUAGGAGGAGGGUUUUAGCGCUGUCAAUCAUGCUGGUGUUCGUGCUGCCAGUUUCUCACAAAGGAACCUGUCGAGAAUGCUAAGGCUAGUUAGCAUGUCCACCAAUCAGCUUUCAAAACUUCUCCCUGGUUCUGAUUGUGAUUUAUUUAUGUUUCACAUUUGCAGUACGUGAAACGGUUCUCUCUCAAAAAUUUUAAAUUUGCUCUUUCACAUCUUUACAUGAAGUGAAUUUCAGAAACAUUAUAUCCUCCGUAUUCUUCUGAUGCUGGCUAUUCACUUUCUUGCAUUGUACUUGGACAUUUUUCCGAUUACUUACAAUUUACUUUACCCUCAGUUUGUUUAUUGCAGUGGUUCCCAAAGUGUGGGGCGUGGCCCCCUGGGGGGGUGGAGCGAUAUGGAUGAAUGAAAAAAAAAA